UUGUGUCCAGUCGCUCAGUAAACGUUGAUCAACCCAAUAAUCCAGAAAAUACAUCGGAAAAAGUUCUUUCAAUUUCACCACUCGAGGUUUAACAACAUCAGAAUACCACGAAGAAAAUAAACCUAACGAAAAAAUAAUGGAAGUGCAAGUGGGGUGGUCCAAGUUGCUCAAAAUGGGCGCUCAGUUGGUGGGCCACAAGUUCCAGCAGUACCGCCUGUCCACAGGUCACACCGUGAUAUUGGACACCAAUUAUGGACGGGUUCAAGGUCUUCAAAGAAAGACGGUCUACGAUGAGGAACUGUACUUUGCCUUCGAGGGCAUACCAUAUGCCAAGCCGCCGGUGGGUGACCUCAGAUUCAGGGCUCCUCAGCCUCCGGAACCCUGGCAAGGAGUGCUCAAUUGUACCACCAGUCGAUCGAAGCCCCUUCAGAGGCACAUGCUAUCGGGGAUCGUGGAAGGCAGCGAGGAUUGUCUGCACCUAAAUGUUUAUGUGAAAACCCUGAAGUCAGAGAAACCGCUGCCCGUAAUCGUGUGGAUCUAUGGAGGGGGAUUCCAGAAGGGCGAGGCCUCCAGGGAUAUUUACAGUCCUGACUACUUCAUGAAGGAGCCGGUGGUGUUCGUCUCCAUCAACUACAGGCUGGGAGCGCUGGGAUUCCUCAGCCUGAAGGAUCCGAAGUUGGAUGUUCCCGGAAACGCUGGCCUCAAGGACCAAGUGAUGGCACUCCGCUGGAUCAGCCAAAACAUCGCUCACUUCAACGGCGACCCAAACAACAUCACACUAAUGGGUGAAAGUGCAGGAUCGGCUUCCGUUCACGUAAUGAUGACCACGGAGCAAACACGCGGUCUCUUCCACAAGGCUAUCCUGCAAUCAGGAUGUGCGCUGAGUGAAUGGGUGGAAAGUCCAGAUCACAAUUGGGCCUUUCGGCUGGCUCAGAAAAUGGGCUAUAAGGGUGAAGAGACGGACGCCGAUGUUCUGACUUUCCUGAGUAAAAUUUCGGGCCGUAAAAUAGCGAACAGCGACCAGGAUGUGAUCACGACAGACGAGAUUCGAAGCUUCCUCCUCUUUGCCUUUGGCCCAGUGGUGGAGCCCUAUGAAAGUGAUCACUGUGUGGUGCCCAAGAGGCAUAAGGAACUCCUAUCCGAGGCCUGGGGCAAUGACUUACCCAUCAUCUUGGGAGGCAACUCUUUCGAGGGCUUGUUCGCCUACCAGCUGCUUAGAGGUGAUCCUUGGGUCAUGAAGAACUUCCACAACAUUCUGCCAAGGGAUGUGAGCGAGGCCAGCAAUCAGGACGAGCAGGAUCUACUGGUUCGACGUAUCAAGAAACACUACCUUAACAAUGAGGUGCAGGAAUCGAUGGAUAUAUUUCAGGCACUGAAUAUAUUCUCUCAUCGCCAGGUGUGGCACGAUGUGCAUCGCUUUGUUCGAGCUCGUCAGACCUACGCCCCCACCACGCCCACCUAUCUAUACCGUUUCGAUUUCGACUCCCCGCACUUUAAUCAAUUCCGGCGAUUGGUUUGCGGCGAUCGUAUUCGCGGAGUCGCCCAUGGCGAUGACUUAUCAUAUCUCUUCUACAAUGUAAUAGCCACAAAGCAGAAGAAAUCUUCCAUGGAGUACCAAACCAUAAAGCGGAUGGUGGGCAUGUGGACAUCGUUUGCCUCCAGUGGGAAUCCGAACUGUCCGGAACUGGGAACUGCCAAAUGGGAUCCCAUCCGGGUGAUGGAAAACGACGUAGAGCAAUGUUUCAAUAUCAGCCAUGAGCUAGAAAUGCGCGAGCUGCCAGAGGCCGAUUCACUGGCCGUUUGGGACACCUUCUAUUUCAAGGAGAAUCUCUUUUAGUCCAGAACUCUGAAUAUUU